GGCAAAUGGCCCAAAGCUAUACUCUUUUGCAAUAAAUGGUUUCAAUCAUCCAUCGCCAUCGUUGAUCGUUGAUCGUUGAUAAUAAUAAUAAUAAGUGUGAAGCUGUACCUCAAUUUAUGAAUUCAUUUACCUUUCUCUUCAUUUUAUGCCUUCUGGGUAUUCUUUUUUCUUCUUAAAUAUCUACUUUUUACUCUUUUUUUUCUUUUCAAGUUGCUUCCUUUAAGGUUACAUCAGGCAUCGUAGUCUGCAUUUUCUCGGAAUCUUGAAACCAAAACGGGUUAUUUUGCUGACGGAAAGGGAGAGUCUGCAAUAAGCUUCAGAUCGUCUUUUUUCACAAAAGUGUCCUGUCGUUGCUCUUGGGUCAAUCUUGUGCUAGAAAUAUAAUUCCCAAUGAAGGAACCUUCACGAAAGAAAGUUCCAAAUCAAUCUUAUGGGUUCUGUGAACAACCACUGCAAGAACCCGGGUCCUGUUACUGGCCUCCUAUCAACCAUGGAGGUGGCCUGUAUUCUGACGAUGUAUUAGAUCAAAAUCACUUACCCUCUGAGUCUUUCAAACAGUAUUGCAACGUUGAGUCGUCCUCGGGAACUAGUAGUUACCCACAUCAAAAUUCGUCCUCUACUGCUAGCUUGACAUCAAUUGGAAGCCCUUCCUCACAUCAAGAGUGCCAUUCAUACCCUAUAGACCCGUAUUAUUCUCCCGACAAUAACUGUGGCUCACCUAUCAGUAGAUCUUGUUUAACGGACGAUGCUGCUGAUGACUUAAGGCACAAGAUCAGGGAAUUGGAAACUGCAAUGCUUGGACCUGAUGCAGAUGGGCUUGACGUCUAUUCUAUCACUGAACCAGUUCAUCCUCUAUUACCCAUGCAAGAUGCAGGGUGGAAAGAUGUGACUGAGAUAAUCUCUAGAAGGGAUUUGAAAGAGAUGCUUUGUGCUUGUGCACGAGCAAUAGAUGAGAACGAUAUGAUGACUGGAGAAUGGUUGGUGUCAGAGUUACGUGGAAUGGUCUCAGUUUCUGGUGAGCCGAUUCAACGUUUAGGGGCUUACUUGUUAGAGGCACUUGUUGCAAGGACAGCAUGUUCAGGUAGUUCUAUCUACAAAGCCCUAAGAUGUAAAGAGCCUAUAGGUGCUGAACUGCUCUCAUACAUGCAUGUUCUAUAUGAAAUUUGCCCUUAUUUCAAGUUUGGCUACCUUUCUGCAAAUGGGGCAAUUGCUGAAGCUAUAAAAGGUGAAAAUAGAGUUCACAUAAUUGAUUUUCAGAUAGCUCAGGGAAACCAAUGGAUCACGUUGUUGCAAGCUCUCGCCAAUCGGCCUGGAGGGCCCCCAAAGGUUACUAUUACAGGCAUAGAUGAUUCCACUUCAGCUUUCGCUCGAGGAGGAGGGCUUGAGAUUGUCAGAAAAAGGUUGUUGAUUUUAGCGGAGUCAUUAAAGAUACCCUUUGAGUUCCAUGGAAUUGCAGGCUCUGCUUCUGAGAUUCAACGUGAAGAUCUAAAAGUUCAACCCGGUGAAGCAAUUGCUGUGAGUUUUUCCUUGGUGCUGCACCAUAUGCCAGACGAAAAUGUUGGCAGUCAGAAUCACCGGGAUCGAAUUCUGCAGCUGGUCAAGAGCUUGUCCCCAAAAGUCGUGACGGUUGUCGAGCUCGAGUCAAACAACAAUACAGCACCCUUUUUAUCUCGUUUCCUCCAGACAUUAAAGUAUUAUACUGCUGUUUUUGAAUCCAUAGAUGUGACACUUCCAAGAGAUCACAAGGAGCGAAUCAGCGUGGAGCAACACUGUUUAGCUCGAGACAUCGUAAAUUUAGUAGCAUGUGAGGGAACUGAAAGAGUCGAACGUCAUGAACUUUUCAGGAAGUGGAGAUCACGGUUGUUCAUGGCUGGGUUUAAGCCACACCCUUUAAGCCCUUUUGUCAAUGCUACUAUUGAGGCUCUGCUAAAGAACUACUGUGAUAAGUACACACUUGAAGAAAAGGAUGGAGCUCUAUAUCUUGGGUGGUUGAACCAAAAUUUGGUUACCUCUAGUGCUUGGAUUUGACACCCAUAUAGUUUCUAGGUUUGGAUUUGACACCCACGUAGUUGUAAAAUGCAUUUUUCCACUUCAAACUUGUGAAGAUAUGUUAUUGAUUAGGAUCUCUUUUAUUGAUUUUUCUGGGAACUUAUCGUUGUAGUUACUACAUGCAUACUAUGAAUGCUAAAUAGGAAGAGGUCUAUGCUAA